CCCACGACGAGUCGGAAUGUAAAAUAUGACAACAGCAAGACUUUGAAAUGGAAUCCACUCCGGUGGAACCAUGGACUUAAAGACGCAGGUCUGCAGACUUGCAGACACUGUUCCGAUCUGCAUUUUGCAUCCAGCUCUAACCUGAUGCAGCUAGCCAAUGCGAAAUACGAGCAUAGUGAUGAGAAGGUACAAGAACAGCGCCCUUCUCAGUUUCCUGAACGAAGUUCGCUGAAUGCAAUGCCCGCCAACUCUUCCAAAAUGUCUCACAUCCUCAUCAUAGGCGCCGGCGUAAUCGGUCUGCAAACCGCCGUCACACUCCUCGAAGCCGGCUACAGCGUUACCAUACUCGCGAAGCACUGGCCUGGCGAUGAGUCUAUAGAGUAUACUUCUCCUUGGGCAGGCGCAAUAUGGCGCACGCACGCACUGCCUGACGACGUGGAGCAGUGUGACUGGAAUAUUCAAAACUACAAGCACUGGAUGAAGAUUGCUGAAGAGGAGGCAGAGAAAGCGCGGGAAAUGGGUAUCCAGCGCGUCCCCCUGACAAUAUUCUCCGACGCCCCCAGCCUCGACCCCACCUCCCCCUCCCUCUGGUACACCCCCCACGUGCACUCCUUCUCUUCCCUCCCUCCCUCCUCCCUCCCCGCCAACGGCGCAAAAAGCGGCCACAGCUUCACCUCCCUCGCCAUCCACCCCGUCACGUACCUGCGCUCCCUGCUCUCGCAGGCCAAAGGUCUCGGCGCAAAAACGAUAUCCACCGAGCUACCGACUUCCAGCGGGUUUGCACAUGCGGUGGGCGAAGCGAUGCGAUGCCUCAACACUGCGGGAGGUAUUGAAAAGGAAGGGGAAGAGGAAAAGGAGGUAGUGGUGGUGAAUUGCACAGGCCUAGGCGCGCACUCGCUCUGCAAAGAUGCCAGCAUGUAUCCGAUCCGCGGACAAGCCCUGCUCGCGCGGAUCCAUCCCACGCCCGCUCCGCAGAUCCUGCUCCAUGAGUCUCCGCCGCACAUCACAUAUAUAGUCCCGCGCAUGGGGACAGAUCUGUUCCUCCUGGGCGGGACGAAGGAUGCAGAUAACUGGUCGGGCGAACCCACGCCUGAGAUUAGCGAGAGUAUUGUGAGGAGGUGUGAGGAGAUGAUGAGGCCGUGGGCAGGGGAAGAAGCAAAGAUCGAAGUUCUGAGCGAGCAGGUGGGACUGAGACCUGGGCGGAAAGGGGGCGUGAGGGUGGAGAUUGAAGAAGUAGAGGUUGGAGAGGGGAGGAAGGUGAAGGUUGUGCAUCAGUAUGGGCAUGCGGGGGCUGGGUAUCAGAACGCCAUUGGGAGUGCAAGGAAGGUGUUAGGGAUUGUGAAGGAUAUCCUCAGCUGAGCGUUCUUGGAAGCAAUCCGUAACCUGGACAAAAGAGAUUUAGCACUUCAGUCUCCUGAGCACAGUGCUCAUAAUAGUGAGAGGGCUCAGAAUAUUAGCCA